UUAAAUUAAAGACAAACUCAAACAAAAUAUCUAACAGUGUGUUUCACUACACAUACAAACAUUUUAUAAAUGAUUGACUGCUUUUUGAAUUAAUGCCAAAUAUUUCAAACUCAGUGACAAAUAAAAAAAUUGUUAACUCAAGUGUUGGCCAAUGGUUUACAUAAACGGAAGCUUUAAAAUAAUGAUACACCAAAUGAUUAUCUCUUGAAUCAAGCGUUAAAUUUUUGCAGUUUUGUUAAUUAAAUUAAUUGUUGACUCGUCUUCUUAUAUCUAAUAUGUAUUCAUUGCAAACAAAUUGAUUUCACGACUGCCAACAAAUUGCUAUUUUUUUGUCGCAACAAUAAUAACAACAUUUCAUUGUUUUUUCAAGAGAUAAUACCUUAGACUUUGUUUAUCACAUUAGUGUCGAUGAAAACUCUUAGAAAAACGAGUAAAUGAAUGCCUGUAUUGUUGUUAUUAAACAAUUUGUGAGACAAACCUAAGUGUCAUUCAUAGGAAUUUCAAGUAAUUAGCCAUCAAUUGACAGCUCAUGUCAAACAUGUCGACACAUGAAGAGACUAACUUCAGUCAUCCGGAUUUGGUGCCCACAUGUGAUACCAGUGCUACCAACACAUCCAGUUGUAGUAAAGGGCCCACACCUGCACAACAAACACUCGUUGGCAGAGCUUUAAGAAAUAGGAGACAUACUUUGGCUAAUGUGCACCGUUUCGAUGUGGACGACAGUGGGUCAGCAAAUCGUAAUCUAUUGGAGGCUUCGAGUCCGUCAUCGGGAGUCGUGUUGCAGAAUAUGCCGGCGCGGAGGGAGUCCUUUCUCUACCGUUCCGACAGUGAGUUUGAGAUCUCACCGAAGUCUGCGUCAAGACAUUCAUCCAUUGGUAGCGGAGAAUCACACGGCGAGGAUCUAAUAGUAACACCAUUUGCCCAAAUCCUGGCCAGUUUGCGAAAUGUCCGAAACAAUUAUAUCCACAUAACUAACGUUCCCUGUCCUGUCAACCGACCUAAAGAGAAUAGACGUCCCAGUUAUACAUCACUUCAGCAACAAUUGCAACAAUCAAAGCAACAACCCUUAACUGAAGAUGCAGUCAAUAAACUAGCAGUCGAUACACUGGAAGAGCUGGACUGGUGUUUGGAUCAAUUGGAAACUAUUCAAUCGCACCGUUCGGUCGGUGAUAUGGCAACCUCUAAGUUUAAAAGAAUGCUUAAUAAAGAAUUAAGUCAUUUCUCUGAAACCAAAUCCGGAUCACAAAUAUCUGAAUGGGUUUUCCGCACUUUUCUCGAUAAACAAGAAGACUUAGAUUUACCAUUUCUUAAAUUUGAUGACGGGUUAGGACAGCAAUCACAACCAGGAUAUGUUGUGGCCACUGCUAAAAAUAUACUCCCAGGACCUAUGAUUAAGGGUGAUCUGAUGACCAAAAAAGCCGGUCAAUCCAUGUCCCAAAUAACUGGUGUGAAAAAACCAUUAAGUCAUACAAAUAGUUUAACUAAAUUACCAAAACAUGGAGUGGAAACACCCUUUGAGACAGAACUCGACAGACUUUAUGAAGAUAUUGACAAAUGGGGUUUAGAUGUGUUUAAUGUCGCCGAAUACUCUAAUAAACAUCCAUUGACUUCAAUUAUGUACACUAUUUUAAAAGCUCGUGAUUUAAUAAAGACAUUCAACAUUCCUUCAAAAAAGUUCAUAAACUUUAUGAUGGUUUUGGAGGAACACUACCUCAACGUUCCCUAUCAUAACAGUCUUCAUGCGGCUGAUGUCGUUCAGUCAGUUCAUGUCCUUCUCCUGUCGCCAGCACUUGACUCAGUGUUUACAGAUCUAGAGAUAUUGACGGCACUGUUUUCAGCGGCCAUUCACGAUGUAGACCAUCCGGGAGUGACAAAUCAAUAUUUAAUAAAUACGACCUCAGAAUUGGCUCUCAUGUAUAACGACGAGUCAGUACUCGAGAACCAUUCAUUAGCGGUGGCCUUCAAACUGCUUCAGUCUGAAGAAACCGAUAUCUUUGUGAAUCUCAACAAAAAACAGAGACAAACAUUAAGGAAAAUGGCUAUUGAUAUGGUGUUGGCCACCGAUAUGUCAAAACACAUGAGCUUAUUAGCUGAUCUCAAGACAAUGGUGGAGACAAAGAAAGUGGCCGGAAGUGGUGUACUUUUACUCGACAAUUACACCGAAAGAAUACAAGUGCUUCAAAAUAUGUUGCAUUGCGCAGACUUAAGCAAUCCUACUAAACGUCUGGAUAUUUACCAGCGAUGGUGUAGUCUUGUUAUGGAAGAGUUCUUCCAACAGGGAGCUAAAGAAAAGUCUAUGGGAUUAGACAUCAGUCCAAUGUGUGACAGAUAUAAUGCUACUAUCGAAAAGUCACAGGUUGGAUUCAUUGACUAUAUUGUUCAUCCGUUAUGGGAAACGUGGGGAGAUUUGGUACAUCCAGACGCUCAAGAGAUCUUAGAUACACUUGAAGACAACCGCGAUUGGUAUCACUCACAGAUACCUCUCAGUCCAACGACUCAAGACGCAGACAAAACACCCGAAGAGGGCGGACCCGUCAGAGACUUAGCGGCCGCCGCAGAAAAAAUCAAAUUUCAAAUUACUUUAGAGGAACCCGAAGAUGAAGAAGAUUAUGAAGAGUCCAGCGAUCAGUUAGGAUAAAGAAACGUCUAUUCAUCACAUUUUUAGGAAUAAAAUCAUUAAUUUUCACAAAAUUCCAUAUAUUUAUAUGGAUUGGCCGCUAAUAUAUAUAGAAUAGUAUUGACUUUUUAUUUAAAUAGACAAAUACUGAGUGCAAUGAAAUGAUAUAAUUUUAAAAAUUGAAAUUAUUGUUAAAUUAUUUCAAAUAU